AUGGGUGGGCCUGUGCAUGUCCAUGCUGGGGAAAGUGAACCUUCCCUACACCCGUCCGACAGCAGUGCCAAGGAAGAGUGGGGCGACGCUUCGUGGCUCCUCUGGGAAGCUACACUGCUUGCCGCCGCCUUGGAUGCCCACCAAAUUACCCACAUCCGAAGGGAUUUCCCCGAAUUCGGGCCAUGGGCAUUUUCCAGUGGAACUGAAGAGAGCAAGCAGCAGCAGGCGGACACACAUCUCUUUCUAGGCAUGGUUAUAUAUCUGUUACAUAUUCUGGGUUGUGAUAUGCCGCAAGUAGGCCCAGACAACUUUGAGGAUGCAAGCAACGCGAUUAGUACGCCUUUGCGAUACCUGCUUACUGCUACUGUUCAUUACCCCGAUAUCCAUUUCUGUAUCAGAGAUUAUCAAGGUAGCUGUAGCCCAUUGUUAAGGCCACACAAAGAUACUGAACGCCACAGACAACAUAUUAUGAAACACCCUAGUGAAAUUGUCCUCAAACUUUGUAGCGUGGCUUGGUGGCUAAAUAUUGCACAUGGGCAUUUUUGCUGCUUAUUAGUUCAGGUAGCAGAAAGGAAGUGUCUCUCUUUCGCUGAUCCGGUGUUCCUAUCUGAACACGAUUCUAGCAAAAAGGCUUCAGCAACAUGGAGUAUUAAAAAGGAACGAAAUGGAGGCCGACGAGGUCAAAUGCCAGAGGAGCUGACGGUGAGGCACACACAGGACGCGCCGUUUGAACAGGCUUUUGCAACUUUAGCCCCUGUGGGAGUGCCUACCACCGAGAAUGGCCAGUGUGUCUUUCUUUGGAAGCAGAAAAUGCAAAACUUCAGAUCAAUGAGAGGCGAGCUACAGCGGCACAUGAGGCAACUUCGGGUCGUCCUCCCCCCCUUAGUAGAAGAGGCAAAGCGAAUUGUCUUAGGUCUCAGGUGCAACGAGAAAGCUCUUCGUGACUCCUUUCCCGACCUUUAUUUACAGUACGAAGCUGUGUUGAAACAACGAACAGCACAAGAAGAGCGGCAUCGCCAACUUCAGGCGGAGCUCCACUCCCUUGAAGUGGUUCUGAAGUCUAGCGAGGAGCGACUCCAGCAAGCAACUAGGGACCUUGCGGACGUUACCGCAUUAAGAGUAACGCCUAGACCAGGAGAGUCCCUCGAGUCAGUAAUAUCCUCUCUCCAGGCGAAGCCAGACCCUGCAUUUGACGACGCAGAAGAAGAAGAAGAAAUACCUACGCUUGACUGA